AUGGAACAUAAGGAGGUGGUUCUUCUCCUUCUCUUAUUCCUGAAAUCAGGGUGCGGAGACCCCCUGGACAGCUACGUAGGCACGCAGGGGGCGUCGCUGAUCACUUUAGACAAGAAGCAGCUGGAGGCGGGGAGCGUGGCCGAGUGUGCGGAGAAAUGCGAGGAGGAGACAGACUUCACUUGCAGGUCGUUCCAGUAUCACAGUAAAGAGCAGCACUGUGUGAUCAUGGCUGACAACAGCAAGUCUUCCCUGGUGCUUAGGAUGAGAGAUGUGGUUUUAUUUGAAAAGAGAAUAUAUCUUUCAGAGUGCAAGACCGGACACGGAAGGAACUACCGGGGGAUGGUGUCCAAAACGAGAAAGGGGGUUGCCUGCCAAAAAUGGAGUGACAGCUUCCCGCACGUCCCUAAGUACUCGCCCACCAGCCACCCCUCAGAGGGCCUGGAGGAAAACUACUGCAGGAACCCAGACAACGACGUGAAGGGGCCCUGGUGCUACACCACCGACCCCGACACCAGGUUCGACUACUGCGACAUUCCCGAGUGCGAAGAUGAAUGUAUGCACUGCAGCGGAGAAAAAUACGAGGGGAAAAUUUCCAAGACCAAGUCUGGGCUUGAAUGCCAGGCCUGGGACUCGCAGACCCCGCACGCCCACGGCUACCUGCCCUCCAAAUUUCCAAGCAAGAACUUGAAGAUGAAUUACUGUCGCAACCCUGACGGGGAGCCCCGGCCAUGGUGUUUCACCACCGAUCCCAGCAAACGCUGGGAAUUCUGCGACAUCCCGCGCUGCACAACACCCCCGCCGCCUUCCGGCCCCACGUAUCAGUGUCUGAAGGGAAGAGGCGAGAGCUAUGCUGGGAACGUGGCUGUCACUCUCUCCGGGCACACUUGCCAGCGCUGGAGCGAACAGACGCCUCACAAGCACAACAGGACCCCAGAAAACUUUCCCUGCAAGAACCUGGAGGAAAACUACUGCCGUAACCCUGACGGAGAAUCGGCCCCGUGGUGCUACACGACCAACAGUGAGGUGCGGUGGGAGCACUGCAAGAUCCCGUCCUGCGAGUCCUCCCCGCUGUCCACAGAGCAGCCGGACACCACAGCCCCACCCGAGCAAACUCCUGUGGUUGAGGAGUGCUACCAGGGCAAUGGACAGAGUUACCGAGGCACCUCAUCCACCACGAUCACCGGAAGGAAAUGUCAAUCUUGGUUGUCCAUGACACCACACCGGCACGGGAAGACCCCAGAAAACUACCCCGAUGCCGGCCUGACCAUGAACUACUGCAGGAACCCGGACAGUGACAAAGGGCCCUGGUGUUACACCACCGACCCGAGAGUCCGGUGGGAGUUCUGCAACCUGAAAAAGUGCUCGGAAACACAAGGGAGUGUCGCAGACGUGCGGCCUGAAGUCCAAGUCGUAAGCUCAUCCAGUCCUUCGAGAGCAGACUGCAUGUUUGGGAACGGGAAAGGGUAUCGGGGCACGAAGGCCACCACCGUGACAGGCACGACAUGCCAGGCCUGGGCAGCCCAGGAGCCCCACAAGCACAGCAUCUUCACGCCAGAGACAAACUCAAAGGCGGGCCUGGAAAAAAAUUACUGCCGCAACCCGGAUGGGGACGUCAACGGUCCCUGGUGCUACACGAUGGAUCCGAAGAAGCUUUUUGACUACUGCGACGUGCCUCUGUGUGUGUCCUCCUCAUUUGACUGCGGGAAGCCCAAGGUGGAGCCGAAGAAAUGCCCCGGACGGGUUGUAGGUGGGUGUGUGGCCAACCCGCACUCCUGGCCGUGGCAAAUCAGCCUGAGAACAAGAUUUGGGAUGCACUUCUGCGGAGGCACUCUGAUAUCCCCCGAGUGGGUGCUGACCGCUGCCCACUGCCUGGAGAGGUCCUCCCGGCCGUCGUCCUACAGGGUUAUCCUGGGCGCGCACCGAGAGAGAAAUCUGGAAACGGAUGUUCAGGAGAAAGAGGUGUCGAAGCUGAUCACGGAGCCCACCCGGGCCGACAUUGCCCUGCUGAAGCUAAGCAGCCCUGCCGUCAUCACCAAUAAGGUCAUCCCAGCUUGUCUGCCAUCCGCAAAUUAUGUGGUCGCCGACCGGACAGUGUGUUACAUCACCGGGUGGGGAGAAACCCAAGGCACCUUUGGCGCCGGCCUCCUGAAGGAAGCGCAGCUGCCGGUGAUCGAGAACAAGGUGUGCAACCGCUACGAGUACCUGAACGGCAGGGUCAAGUCCACGGAGCUGUGCGCGGGGCACCUGGCCGGGGGCGCCGACAGCUGCCAGGGUGACAGCGGAGGGCCUCUGGUCUGCUUCGAGAAGGACAAGUACAUCUUACAAGGGGUCACUUCUUGGGGUCUUGGCUGUGCACGCCCCAACAAGCCGGGCGUUUAUGUCCGUGUUUCAAGGUAUGUCACUUGGAUUGAAGAGACAAUGAAAAAUAAUUAA